UAACAAAAAAAAUUACGCUGAUGGAAGCAACGCCUCGCAUUAACAUUUCAUCAUAUGUCGAAAACACAGUUUCGAUGGGAAACAUUAGUGGUAUGCCGGCCCUAGCAGAGAUGACAAUAUCUAAAAACUCCUACGUGGACGCGUCCGGCAACCCUUACAACGGAGUGGUAAAGGCUAGUGUGAACAUAUUUGACCCAAGAAACCUAAGUAGUAUAUCAGCUGCGCCCGGAACGUUUGAAUUCACUGAUGCAGAGGGUGACACACAGGAUCUUCAGACCUUUGGUGUUGUUGUCAUAGAUUUAGAAGAUGAAUAUGAAAACAAAUUGAACGUUGUCGGAAACGUGACCAUCACACUUGACGCUACCCUUGUUGAAAGUACGUAUUCCGGAAAUGUUACUGAUGCUAAGCUUUGGGGACUCAACAAAGUGACUGGACAAUGGGAAGAGGUAGGAUCUAUGGUCGUAGAGACAUCAAAACGACGCAAGAGGCAAACUGAUGGAAGAACCUAUAUCGUGGGACAGGUUUCCAUAAGUGCAUUCGAGGCUAUCAACCUAGACUGCUAUAGCGGAUUCAGCAGAUGCUACUUUAAAACAUCGGUAACAGACACAAAUAAUGACCCAGUUAAUGGCUACACUGUUCGAGUCAUACAUAUGACGAAUCCCGGGGAAAAGUAUAAUAGUACGUCAGAGUAUGUUACGGCGGUCAAGGACAUUUCUAGUAGCAGUGGGUAUGACAUGUUCACAUUUUGUCGUUAUGAUGCUUGGGGAUAUGUCAAAGCGUACAGAAUAGACGAGGAAUAUGAACCUGGACGUUCAGGUUUAAGUGGCCUAUCAUCGAAAGAGCGUUCCCGUCUGAAUUAUGAAACGACGACCAGUCCAAUCAGCUUCAAAUCGAAGUUCGUCUCAUCUUAUGAUGGUCCUUGGUAUACUAGUUGGUUUGCAGCUGCGUCUUCUUCCGCGACACAGUUUCGAUUUUUCCAAAGUCGUUCAAUUAAUACAAUCCAAAAAUACACACUUAUUGAUACUGAUCCAUAUGAAGGCAUCACGAGACCAAACGAAAUUGGACCGAAGUUAUGGUAUCCGUGUAAAAAACCGGCGAAAUUUUCCAACUUUAAAAUUUGUAUGAUAAAAAUAGCUGUGCAUGGACAAACAUCAGGUCUUUCCUUCUCGGUUAAAAGUAAAGCUGGCCCAAAGAGUGGAAUAGAGGACACAAUCCUGGGAAUUCGUACUGUCGCCGUAGAGAAUGGUGGAGCUUGUAUUGAAUAUAAAUGCAGCGGCAAUUUUCCUUUAUAUAAAAACGGAUCAUCUCCUUAUGACCUUGGGGUGGAAAGCGAUUAUACAAAGAUUGUUAUAACACCCGUCGGUCGGUUUUGUACUGUGUCAUGGGAAGGCGAUAUAAAAUCAGAAUCUCUCAACUCCGGAUCAAGCAACAUAGGAAGUGUUUCUCAUGAAUGGUUUAUUCCGAACACAGAGGACCAUGGCGUCUAUUUUCAAGAAACAGAAUUAUAUGACAAAGAAAAAUUCGAACAACUACGGAAGGAAAACCUGGACAUGUGUAAGGAAGGCGUCAAAGAGCCAUCAAGUACAGCAAGUCCGAGUAUGAACAAAGAUAACCCGGCAGUCAAGUUUUCUUGUAUAUAACAUAUUCCGAAAUAAUGAAUUCCGUUUAUCAUUUCUACUCGACGUGGAAAUAAUGAAAAGAAGCUACGAACAAAUGUGAAUCCUAUGUAAAAACAAAACUGACAAGAUUCUAAAGUGCUAUGUGGGGUUAAAUGCUCCAUUUCGCAUAGACUGGUCAAUAUGCAAACCUUCUGGAUGUUAUAAAUUGCAUGAUAAUAAACUUGAACAAUAAUUACAUGUAGUUACCGGAGUCCACUAUAUAUCGAAAAGUAGACAGGAAUGAUAUCAUAGAGCGUCUUCGUUCUAUCAGAUGAGUUUUGCUGUAAAAGUGCCGAAGCCCGAUCUGAAAUUCUAAAGACGUUAUAGACUUAUAAACGCAGGAUUGUGUUUUAAUGUAAAAAUAGAAAAAAAUGUAUAUAUGCGUGUCGUUUUUUUCAUAGAGAUUAUGAUUUUAACAGGAAUAACAAAUAACAAAUCAUAUAUGGUUUUGUAAAGAUAUAUGAAAAAAUAUGUUUAUGAUGUAUAUACUUUUUAGCGCAAAAUUGACAUAUAAUUGAAAUAUGAAUUACUUUAGAGCAAUGGAUAUAUUGCAUAUUGAUUUUCAAUAGCCUUUCCCAUUUUAUUUUAGACAUAAAACUCUUAUCUGUUUAGGGUAGCUUCGAAAACAUUUUAAUAUCUGAUAAGAUUUCGUCUUAUUAUCUUCAUCAAAGAACCUUAUUAUAGACAUCGGAACUCGACACAAUUUAAAAUAGUAAUUAAGUUUUCUUUGUUGUUGCUGUAUAAAAUAUUGUUCUGACUUGUUUUGUUCUAUUUUUCUUAGAGAGAGAGCCGAACGGAAGACAAUGUAAAAAUCAAAUUUUGACCAAAACAAAAAGUCCACUUUUACCAUCUCCUUUCUUGUUGCUUAAAUUGAAUAAAGAUGAUAUAUAAGACG